CUUCCCAAUUUUCUGUCUUUCCAGGUUCAGUUGCUGGUGUCUAAUCAAGAUGUUGAUAACUACAAGCAAAUCAAGGCUGAUCUUGAUCAGCUACGCCUGACUGUAGAAAAAUCGGAAUUGUGGGUCGAGAAGAGCAGCAAUUAUGAGAGUGGAGAGGUGGGCGACAAUCAGACCAAAGGGGGAGAAGAGCCCAUAGAGGAUGGGACCAAAAAACCCCAGAUAGACAGCAACAAAAGCAAUAACUACAAUAUUGUUAAAGAGAUUUUGAUUCGACUCAGCAAACUUUGUGUUCAGAAUAAAAAAUGUCGGAGUCAACAGCAGCGACUGCUGAAAAAUAUGGGCGCCCAUCUGGUAGUCUUGGACCUUCUGCAGAUACCCUAUGAAAAGAGCGAUGAGAAGAUGAAUGAAGUUAUGAAUCUAGCCCACACUUUUCUUCAGAAUUUCUGUCGAGGAAAUCCUCAGAAUCAAGUUCUCCUCCACAAAAAUCUCAACUUGUUCUUAACUCCAGGGCUCCUGGAAGCUGAAACCAUGCGGCACAUCUUCAUGAAUAACUACCUUCUGUGUAAUGAAAUUAGUGAGAGAGUGGUGCAGCACUUUGUACACUGCAUUGAGACCCAUGGCCGCCACGUGGAAUACCUGCGUUUCCUGCAGACCAUUGUGAAAGCAGAUGGCAAAUACGUGAAAAAAUGCCAGGACAUGGUAAUGACAGAGCUGAUCAAUGGCGGUGAGGAUGUGUUGAUAUUCUACAACGACAGAGCAUCGUUUCCAGUCCUGCUGCAGAUGAUGUGUUCGGAGCGAGACCGAGCAGACGAGAGCGGGCCCUUAGCGUAUCACAUCACUCUGGUGGAGCUGCUAGCAGCUUGUACGGAAGGAAAGAAUGUGUACACGGAGAUCAAGUGCAAUUCCCUCCUGCCGCUGGAUGAUAUAGUGAGAGUAGUGACCCACGAUGACUGCAUUCCUGAGGUGAAAAUUGCCUACGUUAAUUUUGUUAACCACUGUUACGUGGACACUGAAGUGGAAAUGAAAGAAAUCUAUGCCAGUAACCAUAUCUGGAAGUUGUUUGAGAACUUCCUUGUUGAUAUGGCGAGGGUUUGUAACACCACCACGGAUCGCAAACACGCAGACACAUCUCUGGAGAAAUAUGUCACGGAGCCCGUAAUGAACAUCGUGAGUGGCUUCUUCAAUUCGCCAUUUUCAGAUAACAGCACCAGCCUCCAGACACACCAGCCUGUUUUUAUUCAGCUGCUGCAGUCUGCUUUUAGAAUUUACAACUGUACCUGGCCAAACCCAACGCAGAAAGCCUCAGUGGAGUCAUGUAUCAAGACUUUGGCUGAAGUGGUUCUGGAAAGAGUCAUCAGUAAAUUACUUCCUUUGGGAGCCUUGGGAAAGAGGGAUGAACUAGGGCAG